AUGGCCGCAUUCGGGCCGGUGCUGGGUUUCGUCUUCAAAGCGCUCAUCGACCAGUUUACUAUCGGCGCCGACGACUCGCUCCACACGCUCAUUGACCGCGUCAUCAAUGCGGAGGCGACGCUUCAGCAAGUCUCGAACUCGAGCGGGACCGUCUCGACUGGCGCGGGCUGGUGGGGUUGUCCCCAGCGAGAUGGCCCGGCCCUUCGCUCGACGGUGAUCAUAACCUAUGCCAACUGGCUGCUCGCCAACGGCAAUGGCACCUCGUUUGUAACGAACAACCUCUGGCCCAUCCUCAAGCUCGACCUCGACUAA